AGGCGGUUCCUCUCUAAACAUUCGUCCAUAUUUUCACUUGGAUUUUAGGGUUUUAGGGUCUUUGUUACGUGGAAGAAGUCUCCAGUGACCCCUUUUUCUAGGGUUUUUGUAGCAGAAGCUGGGAUUUAACGAUUAGGGUGUAUCUGAUUCAGUCCUGGUUCCCUUGCCUUGGUCGGAGAGGUUAGGGCUGCGAACAUUUGGCUUCUGGAUAACUCGUUACAGGAGCGUUUUGAUUCUGCAGUUUUGCAGCAUGGCUUCAACUUUAGCAUCACAGUUAAAGGCCAUUAAAGCCCUCACUUUUGGUGAUUCAGCUCAUCAGAAACGCCCUCUCACCCAACCUUCGAUCCUCUUUGGCCCAAAAGAAGCGGCUGAUAUCGAUCUCGAAACUCUUUUGUCCAUUGCAGUUUCAGGGCUGGAAAGCUUGGCAGCCAUGGAUAAACGUUUUAGCCCAUACAGAGACACUCUUUUUAGUCAAAAGAGUGUUGGGUUUGACAGAGAAGUUCUUAAUUCAACUGAAAACAAUGGCAUAAACAAAUCAAUCUCUAUGUAUUUGCAAUUACUUUCUGGACAACUACAACUUUCCUCAGCUCAAAAGACUGUCGAAUAUCUUAUUCGUCGAUACAAGGUUCAUGUGUACAAUAUGGAUGACCUUGUUUUGUGUGCAUUGCCAUACCAUGACACGACUGUAUUUGUGAGGAUUGUGCAGCUCCUGGACUUGAGAAAUACAAAAUGGGGAUUCUUAGAAGGUGUUAAAGUAUCUGGUGCACCACCACCUAGGAAGGUUAUAGUCCAACAGUGUACUCGUGAUUUUGGAGUUUUGGAGGCUAUAUGCAAUUAUGCGAUGCCUAAAAAGAAGGUUUUAUACUCAAGAACAGUUGUCGGCUUUAGCACUGCAGUGAUAGUCGAGACUCUGGGUGCUGUAACUGUAGUGGAUAGUGAACUUGUGCAAAGAAUCAUUCCAUUUGUUUUGUCAUGCUUAAAUGCUAAUGUUGAUGGCAGCUCUGAUCACAAGGCUGGUGCUGUGAUGAUUGUAGGCCUACUAGCAAGUAGGGCAAUGCUAGCUCCUAAUCUCACCAAUACUCUGAUAAUCUAUAUAGCAAGGCUUGUUCGACAAUAUGCUGAUGACUCAGGUGGCUUGUCUUGGCUUCGGGUAUUAGUCAUGGUUUUAGUCAAACUUAUUCAGUCGCAAUCAGUGACAUCACUUCCAAAGAAGAGUUUAGACAUUUUGAAGGAAGUCAGGAAUCUUCCUACAAUUCUUUUGGCACUCUCGAAGGAAUUCAACAUUGAGGGGUUUCUAUCUGUUUAUUUGACUCACUUGGCCUCCUUCAGUUCUUCAGAUGAGAUAUGUCGUCAUGCCUUGAUUGCUAUGAUGGAAACUCUCCUUGCUAAGGAUUCUGUUCCAAGUAUUGUAUCCAAGGUGCUUGAGGCUUGCACCAAGUUGUCUCGAGAAAAGGCAAGGAACAAUGCACUAGAAUCAGAUGCUUCAGGAAGCUGGGCGAAGCAGAUUUUUCUUGCAAUUGAUGAGCAUUAUCCAUCUGAAUUGCGAAGAGCAAUUUAUAAAUUCCUUGAGAGUCCAAAGAUGCAUUCCACUCAUGGGAGUUCUGUUCUUGAGAGUUUAUGCUGGAUGUUGGAUGGUGACUCAAACAUGACAAAGGAGAUUGCUAUGUCAAAAAUAUGGUUUUAUCUGGAGCAUCCCAAGGCUGAGGUUCGUCGUGCGACAUUAUCCAAUUUUGCUACAGCUGGUAUACUGAAUAAUGAAAGCAUCAAUCUGAAGGUAUCAAGAAAUAUUGGAGAAGCAUUACUGCGGCGGCUUCACGAUGAUGAUCUUAGUGUUGUUGAGGUGGCUCUAUCUCUUGAUGGAUUGGCUAAAAUUGUUCAUCCAGCAUCUCUUUUUGAAGCCUUUCAUGAUGUGCUUGCCAGAUGCAUCAAUAUUCUAACAGCUACAGGUUCUGCUGGAAACAUUUCUCAAGCUUGCAAGGUUGCUGUAUCUUGCCUAGAUUUUGCAGUAUAUAAGUUUCUGGAGAUUCAUCCUGAUUGUUUAGAGAAUGUAGCCUCAUUGAUUAAUCCAUUACUUCUAGUUUCUCCAAAGACGUGGAGGUUAAACUUAAAGGCUUUGGAAUUUGUUGUGGAUGUUCCAUUUCCUUUCUUCAAUAGUCUUCGUGUUUCCCAUGAUCUGAAAUCUAUUGGGCAAGUGAAGAAACUAGAACUGAAUCUUGUGGCUUCCCUGAAUUCCAAGACAAUUGGAGCUCUGGCUGAGACCUUUGCAGAUAAGCCUAAGAAAAAGUCAAUUCAUGAACUUUGUCGGUGGUGCUGCUCUUCUGGGGUGUCAAAGGCUAUUUUUUUCUUGGUCAUGUUGCGGUCAUUUAUGAUUCGAAAGAAAGAAGCUGCAAGUUUCUUAGUGCUUGUUCGAUCAUGUCUUCCUGUACUUGAGCGAGAGUGGGUUGUCUGGGACUCCAAAGGCUCUAUUUUCCUUGCUGAAGAGUUUAACUUAGAGAAGUUGGAGACUGUUUUUGACCAAGUCCGCAUUUAUCAGCUUAUUGAAUCACAAUUUGAGGCAUUUGUUCCAAAUCUCUUGAUCUCUAUUUAUGGGUGUAUUCUAAAAUAUCCUCCUCCUGCAACAGGACCUCCAGGAACAUUGGUGUGUGACGUAAGUGGGCCAUGGGUGUACAUACUUGACGAACUCUUUGUCUUGUUUUCUGUGUCCUCGUGCAAACAUGUGUUUGUAGAACAUCUUCGGUUGCUUGUGAUGCGGAGCCGCAUUGCUAUAGUUCCUUUUUUAUCCAAGUAUUUUACUCAAGGCUCGUCCAUACCUGAUGCGGUUCAAAUUCAAAGCCUUCGGUCAUUUGCUGCUCUCUGUUCAGCAUUGAUAUCCUCUGAGACAAGUAGUUCGAUACAUAAUCCUAAUCAUACGCAACUUCUCCUGGAAUUUCCUUCAGUUUUAGUUCCACUUUCUAGUGCUGUCCCGGCCAUACGAAUGGAAGCCAUUACUUGUAUAGAAGGGGUUUAUAACCUAUGGCUUCAUGUACUAAAUGCUUCCCAGAAAAAUGGAGAUGACACCACUAUCCAAGAUGAUAGCAACUGGAUGCCUGUUUAUGGGGAGUUGUUGGAACUAAUUUUGCAACAGAAGAAUUUGAUUUCCUCCGAUGCUGAUUUUAUACAAUCAUUUCUGAAGACCUUGCUCGGCCCGGAUGGUCUUAAUAUCCUCAUGCCCCAGAAUCUAGAUCAGAGGUUUGACAGGAGUUCGAAGGAAGCUAUCCUGCUUUUCAUUUUGAAGUCCGGGCUCAAACUUCCGUCAUAUGGGAAGUUUAUUGUCCUGUCCAUGCUCCAAGGAGUGGGGCACUCAGUGUAUCAUGAACACACAGAGACCCUGUUGGUGGAACUUUUGAAUAGGCGAAAUCUCGAGCUCUCACAUAUUGAAGUUGAUAUUUUAUGCUUACUGUUGAAGAAUUAUACUUCCCUCAUGAGCUCCUCGACAACAGAGGACACUGUUAGAGGUUAUUUUUUUGAAGCUUUAAGACUGGAUAAUGUUACUUCUGAGCACAUUUUCAUUGUGAGGCCAUGUGCUACAGUCCUGCAAAACUUGUCUCAAGCCCUCUAUGAUAACCUGGAGACAAGGUUACAGGAUCAGCUAUUUUGGAACCUGGUUGUCUUGUUUCGAAGUGACAUAGGUGCUAUACACAAUGCAGCUCGAGAUGCCCUUCUUCGAAUUCAUAUUAGUGGCUCCACUAUUGGUCGACAUCUACAGUUAAUUCUUGUUCAAGAUCUUAGGCAAGUCAAUGGUCCUGUAAACCGUGUUUGCAAAAUUCAAAAGCCUGGGACACCAAUAAUCGACUUUGACUCCUUCAUUCAUGAAGGAAAGCUGCCUUCUGUCAUAGGUGCCCUGCUUGAUGUCAUUUUAUUGAAGAAGGAUAUCGAGAACAGAGGGCCUCUUGUGGAGCCCCUCUUCUGUCUUAUCCACAAAAUCCUCAAGGAUGGCUGGCUUACUGGGUGCCUUGAUGAAGAUGAAAUCAACCAUGAAGCUUCAACUGGUGCAGUGCAUUUCAUUCUGCAAACAUCAAUAUCAAUUCUUGAGGACAUUGGUGCUUCAGUCUUAAGAGAUGUUCCUGAAAGGGAUGAAAUACUUGAGCAAUAUGGUGUGGAUAUGUUGAUUGAAUAUGUGUAUGCUGCAAAGGAUCCUAUGACUCGUAACCAUAUCUUUUCCUUGAUAUCUACUGUUGUGAAGUCCAUACCUGAUCGUGUACUACUAAAUCAGAUCAUUGAUAUAUUUACCACAAUGGGUGAAACUUCUGUCAUACAGGAUGACAGCCAUUCUCAGAAGGUGUUUGAGCAGCUGAUAUCCACAGUAGUUCCAUGCUGGCUCACUAAAAUGCAAAAGACAGACGAUCUUCUUAAGAUAUUUGUUGGCAUUCUGCCCAAGCUUUCUGAUCAAAGACGGUUGCCACUAAUGACAUUGCUAUUGAGAGCUUUGGGUGAAAAAGGAAGUUUGGCUUCAUUGCUUGUUCUUCUUUUCGAUUCAUUGGUUCUCCGGACCCUUGGAUCCUCUAAUCAGGAAAAUGAGAGAAGCAUCGAGUCAUUUCAGACUUUGGUGCUCCACCUUGAGUGGGAGUACUUAUUUGCAGUCCAACUGUAUGAGCAGUAUUCAUGCACAAUAUGGCUUCCAUCUUUGGUUGUGUUGCUCCAACUAUUGGGGGAGGGUCUUUGGUCAUUUCAACGAGUUGUAGAAAUAUGUGUUGCUAUGCAGUUCAUUGCACACAAACUAGAAGUCGGUGAAUUGGCGUUUGUACUCAAGUCUGGGCAGGAUAUUGAUGUUGUGCAGGGAACAUUGGGAGAGCUCAUGGAGCAGGUAGUCUCACAACUGCAGAUGGUUGAUACCCAAAACAAGUCACUCUAUGUUCCUACUGAUAUGCAGAAGGUGUUAAGGGAAUCUGCUCUUCAUUUACUGAGGACCCUCGCUAAGUGCAUGGUGCCCUCAGCAUAUUUUAGAGGCAUAGUCCUGUUGCUCAAACGCACAGAUGAAAAUGUGCAACAUAAGGCUCUUGUACUGUUAUGUGAGUCUCUUACGGAUUCUUAUGCUUCUGGGAUGAAGCCUAGGCGUUCAAGAAAAGUGAACCUGCCACAUAGUUUCCUUGCAAGCAUGGAUGAAAGGGGUUGGGAGUCAUUCAAUGAAAUGUGUUUACAGAUCACAAAAUUGAUUGAUGAGCCAUUAGAUGAUGACUCAAUUCCAAUAAAGCUUGCCGCCGCUUCUGCAUUUGAAGCUUUAGCAAACAAAUUCUCCUCUAAUCCCUCUAUUUUUUCCUCUUGUCUUGGUUCGGUGGCUAAGAAAAUUGGUUCUAAUAACUUGGCCGUCUCUUCUGCCUGUUUGAAGGCCACGGGUGCUUUUGUAAAUGCCCUAGGCCCUGCUGCUGUACCCGAGCUUUCUUGCAUUAUGGAGCAGGCAUUGAAGAGGGCCCAUAAUGUUUGCUGCUGCUUUUGUGAAAAAUAUAAAGUUGGCAUUGAUAAGGGGCUUGAUGGAGUUUUGAAACAUACGGAAUCAGUUUUGCUUGCUUUUCUUGCUACCCUAGAGGCACUUGUUGAUAGGCUUGGAGGAUUUCUCAACCCAUAUCUACGAGACAUUCUCGAGCUCUUGGUGAUUCAUCAUGAGUUCUCAAGUGCAUUGAAUCAGAAGAUUGGACUAAAAGCUGCUGCAGUCCAAAAACUAAUAUCUGAGAAAAUAUCGGAACGUCUCCUAAUUCCUCCUUUGCUUAAGAUAUUUUCAAAGUCAGUUGAGCAUGGAGAAUUGAGUUUGUCUAUGCUAUUUGAAAUGUUGGCAAGCAAAAUUAGUAAGAUGGACAGAUCCUCUGUGGUGACAUACCAUGCCGACAUAUUUAAAAUCUCUUUGGUGGCCCUUGAUCUCCGACGCAAGCAUCCUGUAGCAAUCAAAAACAUAAACGUGGUGGAAAGAAGUGUUAUAAAUGCAAUUGUCACCCUAACAAUGAAGCUCACAGAAACCAUGUUCAAACCCCUUUUCAUUCGUAGUCUCGAGUGGGCGGAGUCUGAAGUAGAAGAGAACGGGUUGACCACGAAGAGAAAUUUAGACCGCAACAUAGCCUUCUACAGUUUGAUUGAUAAGCUUGCUGAAAAACACAGGUCUCUCUUUGUGCCCUAUUUCAAGUACUUAAUUAGUGGUUGCAUGCAUGCGCUGACUGAUGACGAGUUCUUGGACUCUGGGGUAUCUAUGCAAAAGAAGAAGAAGGCUAAAUUCAUGGAAACGAAUAGCAACACAAGAGGAUUAAAACCAUUGUUGCCAAGCCAGUGGCAUUUAAGAGCAUUGAUUUUAUCAUCCUUGCAUAAAUGCUUCCUUCAUGACAAGGAAAAUUUAAAGUUUCUCGACUCUGAUAAGUUUCAGACUCUGUGUAAGGCAAUUGUUGCACAAUUUUUGGUAGACCCUCCAGAGGGUCUAGAUGAGUUGGCGGUUCCUUCUGUUAGCAAAGUGGACGGCCUCUUGGUUUCUUGCCUUGGUCAGAUGGCUGUAACAGCGGGCACCGACCUUCUGUGGAAGCCUUUGAAUCACGAGGUUUUGAUGCAAACUCGGAGUGAGAAAAUGAGGGCACGAAUUCUAGGGUUGAGAGUAGUGAGGUACCUGCUCAAUAAUCUGAAAGAAGAAUAUCUAGUUUUGCUGCCGGAGACUAUUCCUUUUCUCGGAGAGCUGCUCGAGGAUGCUGAACUUCAGGUUAAGACUUUGGCUCAAGAGAUCCUCAAGGACAUGGAGACACUAAGUGGAGAGAGCCUACGACAAUACCUGUGAUACGUGGAAGCCUUGUAGCUGUUGAUUGGUUGAUAAUGAUUUUUGUGGACGGUAAGGAUGCUGCCACUUCGGGCCAAGUGAUUUGAGUUGGGAUCACACCAGCUGCUGGUUGAUUGCUACUUGCCAAAGAUAGGACGGCAUGUCCUGAGGGCCAUGGGAUCCAACGGUGGAGAGAUUCUCUGGUGUUUGGCUAACUAUCAAUUUUGGUAAAUUUUGUUUUAUUUGUAUUUACUUUUUCUACGGGUACGAUUAUCCUAGGAAUUGCAGUCUUUCGUUGUAAGGGGGGCCAAUUGUAAUUAGAAUUUUGAAGGUCUCUUCUGCAUGUCCUUCAGGUCACAUUGUUGAGAUAUGAAUGUAUUAUCUAUCAAGAGGAUGCCCUCUUGUAUGCCAUGUGCACGAAGUCUCUCUCUCUCCCUCCCCCCCCCCUCCUCCCAUUUACCUAUAUUUUACAUUGUAUAUGUAAGCAGAUGGUGUGUGUGUGGUGGGGGGGGGGAUAUAUGCGUUUGUGAGAGGUUUGAUAUGCGGAAGUGUGAUGAAAUGUGAUAUGUAUGCAUAUAUAGAGUAAAUGACUCUGCACUGGUUGGACACAUGACUAUAUAAAGGUUGAGGAUUCGGCACAGCGGUGGUUGUAUAAAGUUGUACUUUAAAAUCUCACCAGAAAAGCCAGAUCCAUUGCCGGAAAACCUUCUGAAGGCAUGCAAAUUCAUUUCCUCUCUGUGUUGAAAUUAGGACUUCAAGAUGCAUGAAGACUUGAAAUGGCCUGUCCAAAAAUUAUUGUUGCCAUAUAGACUAUUAUUGGUAUUUGAAUUGUUCUUUUUUUC